AGCGGUUUGUGAUCUAAAUGAAAAUGGCCAGCACUCAUCCUUUUUUUCUUUCGAUAUCUCUUUAAGAUGAAAGAAAUAAAGCUUUCUGAUGAUGAAGUAGCUGAACCCCCACCUCUUUUUAGUAACUUUUUUGAAGGAUGGUCUACUUUAUUUUCAAAGCAAACACAAGAUAAACCUAUACAGGAAAUGGAUACAUAUGAAUCAGAUGCAAGUUCAAGUGAUAAUAGCUCAGUCUAUCGUACUGGAGAAGAAGAUCAUGAGAACACACCUGUCCCUUUAAGAAGAAAAAACAGUGUGCGUGUGGGGAAGAAGGUAAUCAGUGAAUUACUCGAAAGUGACAAUGUAGCCCAUGCUGUCACUAUUCUACAAAAAGCAUUAGACCAUUUAGAAAUGACACAAACAGACGGAGAAGAUGAAAAAGAAGUCUCUAAGGUUUAUUCUCAAAUCAUAAGAUCACUAUGUGACCCUAAUAUCGCUUCUAUUGUGAAUGAAAUGUCCAAAAGAAAAGACGGACAAGCACUUGACAUUCAAGAAUCUAUUUUAUGGAGAUUGUUUACUAAAGUAGUUGAAUCAGGCUAUGUGUUAGAGAGAGAUGCUCAUCUAACUGUAGUCAAUCAACUGGUAGAAGCAGAACAAAAAUCGCUUUCUUUACAAGCCAUGUAUGCAUUACCGAGACGAGAAUGGGAUACGUUGUGUUACAGGAUAGCUAUCUUACUUCAUUUGAUGCAAACGCCCAAACAAAUCCAAGAAGCACAAGGACUCUUGUCUGAUUAUGGUAAAUUGGAUUUAGAGAUAGCCAACCCAAUCGCACCUCAAGAUUUACCACCGAUUCAUAUGGAAAUGCCUUCAAUGAAGCAUGUAACAGAAGCAGAUCAAUUCAAACUAUGGAUGUUCUAUCAAGCUGCUUUAAGCAACAGUGAUGAAGAAUGGCGUCGUACACAAGAAUCUUAUGAAACCUUACGACAACAUCACUUGGAAACACUUGAGAGAAAAGGAAGCAUGAAAGACUGGGCUAUGGAGCACUUUUUUCUUGAGACAGAAAAGCAACAAAUUGACCGUGUCAGCACAGACAAUGAUAAUACGAUGAUCUAUGUCGCCCUUCAAAAGAGUCAAUUUGAAUACGGUUGGCAAGUCUAUCAAGCCAUGGAAGAAGCUGUGAAUGAAUCCACACCCUGCAUUGUAAUGCACCUUUGCUGGGUUGCAUUCCGACAAAUCCCUAUUGCUGAUAUUACACGUCGAAGAGAAUGGGAACAUCGUGCUUGGUCUGUGUAUUCGCGUUUUAUGUGCUCUGAAUAUUUGCAUCCAGAACAAAGUGAAGCACCAGGUUUCUUGCAUGAUAUCUUGUCUAUUGCAGCCAACAGCCCUGAAAGUAUAGUGGACAAGAAAGCCCGAUACACAAAAGCCAUGAGUGUCUAUCAAUUAUUGGUGCGACUUCAUUUUCACAAACUUUUGUGUGACGAUCGCGUGUUGGAGCCCAUUUUGUGUGCACUUUUGUACGAAUGUCAAGGAGCGCCUAGCCAUAUUAUGUCUAUGUCCAACAAAGCAUUUGAGAUAUGGGACCGUAAAAUGGAAAUCAUGAGACAAGACAACGUUUCUGUUUACUCUCUUUCAAUGGUAUGGGCGCUACUUGUCUUUUGUCUCAAAUCUGGCAACCAGCAUGACUUUGAGAAAAUCCUGGUUUUCUUGCUAAAAGAGGGUCCGAUCCAAGAUUUGCCUUCUUCUGUGUUAGCACCGAUACAAGCAUUUCAUGACACUUAUGCGUGCGAGGGUUGUUAUUUUAUGAAUUACAUGUUCAAGCAUAUUGAAUUCACUGACGACAACAGUGGCAAUCAGCCUGUUAUGAUGAAUCAAUAUGGAUUUCUUUCAGACUCAACCCAAACAAAACAUAAGCGAUCUUCAAGCGAUUUUCUUGAACAUCCUAUGCUACGAACCAACAUUCAAGAAGUCCAAGCUAAUAGCCUAGGCAUGGCUAUUCUCAUAGGAGCCAGCAAAGGAGAAGAGAUGCUUUCAAAACCAAUGCAUUAUUCUACAAAAAAGGCAAAAGCGAUCAUUCGUCAUUGUUUAAAAAAAAAAGAAAUGUAGAUAUGGUUCAACGUACUCACGUGAUAUAAUUUAAUAAAACAGACAUUUCUCUCACACUUUU